AUGUCGGCGGGAAGCAGCUCCGGUGUAACUCAGCUGGAGUUUCACCAGGCGAUGAACGACUUCAAGAACAUGUUCCCUGAAAUGGAGGAGGAUGUCAUUGAGGCGGUACUUCGAGCCAACAACGGAGUGGUAGAUGCCACAAUUGAUCAACUACUGCAGAUGAACAAUGAAUCACUGAAGAAGAAGGCAGCUAUGGCUCACAAGAAAGAAAACUUGUACAACCAAAGCAACCUUUAUAGCGUUGAGUGCUCUACCGCCAAAGACGGCAAGUCAUACAAGAAAAAUUUACAAUUUAUGAGCGACAAGAUUUCCAAGGACUCGCUUCGCUACAAAAACCGCUGGGAUCCGCCACUGCUCGGCGAACUGUCGCCCACCUUUCUCCGCAUCAGCCUCAAUGAGACGCAGCGAAAGCUGUCAAGUUUAGACGCCAACAAGUCUGACGCCCAUCUGAUCAGCUCGUCAUUCCUCCAACAGAAAAUGGAGGAAAACGAGCGCAAUCGUCAGAUCACCUCGCUUAACGAUGAUCCUGAACUUGCGCAGUUUCUCGAGGACGAGCGAUUCGCCAUUCUCAUGCAAAACGAAGAGUUUGUUCGCGAGCUGAGAAUGAACCGAGACUUUAUGAGCACUCUCGAGUCGGACAACUACAGUGCUUCAGGAGCAAAUGUCGGCGAGGGAGCAGCAGGUCCGAGCAACAACUAUGCCGAAUCGGAUGCAGCGUUCAAGGAAAAGCUGCGAAACAUGGGAAAGGUUUCCAAGAAAAAGUUUACUCAACUAGCUCGGCUCNUCUACUAG